UAUAUUGAGACACGCGAUACCGCGAUAGUUCGACGUAUAGUUCACGUCUGUAAUCACGUGUCUAUACGGUAGUAAAUAAUUUACACAUGUAAAAGCGCAAAACUCGAAAUGAGUACCGAAGAAGAAUCCGACUUACGAAAACUGUUCGUAGAAUCAUCAGAAAAUGAUAACGUCUAUACGAUUGCGACGACUAUAGACACAGGUUUCGAAUGGCAAGCGGUAGACGAGUGCAGAGAAAAAUUAGACAAAAAUAUUAAGAUCGUUAAGGAACGAGGGAAGAUUUUCUUCAAUACAUCCAGGGACCAAUUCGCUCAAGUGAUAGACAUGAGAUCGAUAGAUAAUAUAUUUAUUGUAGCGGACGUUAGAAAGUUCCAAUUUACUGGAACUAGUAAAGACGAUGAUUUACAGUUGUUCAAAGAUGCUGUGGACAGCAUGAAAUUGGAAAAAGCUUUAAACGUCUGGAAACAGAUUACUGGUUUCCAGGGAAAGUUGUAUCCUACUGCUGAGGAAUAUAACGCGGCAGAGAAAGAUUGCAAACUUUCCAACACAAAUGUUACGGUCACUACGGCGACUAAGGGUAGAAAAAGAGGUCAAGACCCAUCUGAUACUCGGGAAGAUGAAAUUUUGAGAUACAGGGUGACAUGUGAGAGAACUGGCAAGCAUACAUUUGAAUCAUCUGAUGCUGCCAGAGUUAUUGGGGGACAGUUACAAGAUAAACACUUGUGGCUCGUAGAUUUGACUACCUAUUACUUAGAAGUAGUUUGCAAGGUGACUAAUGAUGAACUGGUGACACAGUUACGUGUCACGCACGAGUCUAAGCACCGUAGAAAUAUAACAAACUUUGGACCAACUACGCUCAGGGCUACUGUAUGCUACAAUCUGUUAAGACUGGCUCAUCCCAAACCGGGAGACGUAAUAAUCGAUCCGAUGUGCGGCGGUGGUUCAAUUCCAAUCGAAGCAACUCUAGUCUAUUCUCAGACCUAUGUCAUCAGUGGGGACAAUCAUCCGAAAGCUGUAUUUAGAGCAAAAUCAAAUAUCGAUGUUUCUUCCCCUAAAUCUAAAAUUGACCUGUUACACUGGAGUGUAUCACAGUUACCGUUCAAAGAUUCGUACAUCGAUGUCGUCGUUACUGACAUGCCAUUUGGAAAAAGAAGUGGCCGAAUGAUGGACAAUAGAGUACUAUACAAGCAAUUUUUGGUAGAAUUAGGCCGAGUUAUGAGACUUUCAAUAGGACGAGCAGUCUUACUGACUUACGAUAGACGCAGCUUUAGCACAGCUUUACAAUCGGCUGGAGAUUUGUUUCGCGUGACAAAAACUUUGGGUGUCAACAUAGGCGGUCUCCAAGCGGUAGUGUAUGUUUUAAAAAGAACAGACACUCUCUACGAGCAAUUUAAGCCUAAGUACAACGUACAAAAAGAAUCUUAAAUAUUACAUUUCAGUAUUCUUGUUACACGUUCCAAACUUUCAUAAAUGAUUUCUAUAUUUCUA